CGCGGAUCUGCAGAAAUGAACAUCCGCUCCAGAACGCAGAGGGCAGACAACAGUAGAAAGAGAGAAAAAAAGGAAAAAUUUGAACCAAGAUCUGGAUCUUUCACGCAAGUCCCCCGUGUGUCCGGUGUAAUGUUAAGCCAGUCACGGAUAGUGGUUCUUUGUCUGCUGGCGGUUCUUCCGCUUAUAGCAGCACAAGGUCAGCAGGCACGUAUCGUUUGCUACUUCAGCAAUUGGGCAAUCUAUCGGCCCGAUGUUGGCCGCUACACGAUCGAUGACAUCCCGGCGGAAAUGUGCACCCACAUCAUCUACUCGUUCAUCGGGGUGGACGACAGCAACUACCAGGUGUUGGUGAUCGAUCCGGAAAUUGAUUUGGAGCAGAAUGGAUUCCGCAACUUUACCGAGCUGCGGCAACGGUAUCCCCACGCCAAGUACCAGAUUGCGGUCGGUGGAUGGGCGGAAGGCGGCAAGAAGUAUUCACAGAUGGUGGCGGUCAAGGAACGUCGGCAGUCGUUUAUCGAGAGUGUGGUGCAGUUCAUGAAGGUGUACAACUUCGACGGGUUCGAUCUGGACUGGGAGUAUCCGGGGGCGGCCGAUCGGGGCGGUAGCUUCGGGGAUAAGGAUAAGUUUUUCUACUUCGUGGAGGAGCUGAGGCGCGCGUUCGAUCGGGUGGGACGUGGAUGGGAGAUUACGAUGGCGGUACCGGUGGCUAACUUCCGGCUGCAGGAAGGAUAUCAUGUGCCGGAGCUGUGCGAGAAUCUGGACGCGAUCCACUGCAUGACGUACGAUCUGCGCGGCAAUUGGGCAGGGUUUGCCGAUGUUCACAGUCCACUGUACAAGCGGCCACACGAUCAGUGGGCGUACGAGAAGCUGAAUGUGAACGACGGCGUUCAGCUGUGGGUCAACUAUGGCUGUCCACCAAACAAACUAGUGGUGGGAGUUCCGUUCUAUGGACGAACCUUUACGAUGAGUGCCAGCACUACCAAUCCCACGCUCGGAUCGUACAUCAAUAAGGAAGCGGGCGGCGGCGAUCCAGGACCGUACACAAAUGCUACCGGCUUCCUGGCGUACUACGAGAUAUGUACGGAGGUGCAGGACGAGCAGAAGGGUUGGACUAAAAAGUGGGACGACGUUGGACUCUGUCCGUACACCUACAAGGGUACGCAGUUCGUCGGGUACGAGGACGAGAAGUCGCUCCAGCACAAGAUGGACUGGAUCAAGCAGAAGGGAUAUGCUGGCGCCAUGACGUGGGCAGUCGAUAUGGACGACUUCCACGGGCUCUGCGGUCCCGAGAAUGCACUGAUGAAGGUGUUGUACGACAACAUGAAGGAUUACGUCGUUCCGGCGCCGACAGUGACCACCACACCGAGGCCGGAAUGGAAUCGACCACCAUCCACCAUGUCCUCCGACGGAGAUCAACCAUCACAGCGUCCUACCACGACCACCGUCAAACCGAGACCUACCACAACGACUGCCCCGACCACCACCAGAAGUACGCGGCGAACUACCACCACCACAACAACCACCAGGAAACCGACCACAAUUCUGCCUCCAGCACCAACCGACUCAGAGGAGGACAGAGAACCGGCACCGGUAGAACCACCAACCCCGGAGCACGAGGAUGAGUCGGAAAUCGAUUGUUCCGGCUACAAGGACUUCGUGCCCUCGGUCGACUGUACCAAGUACUAUCGCUGUGUGCACGGCCAGCCGGUAGAGUUUGUCUGCAAACCGGGCACCGUCUUUCACACCGCACUGAACGUGUGCGACUGGCCGGAAAACGCUGACCGGCCCGAAUGUCGCACCAAGGCGAAGCUAAUCGAACCACUGGCCGACGAUGUGUAUGGGUUCUACGUGCUUAACAUUCCAGGUGCGUUCCGUGGAGGUGCUUUAUGGCUGAUCGUGCUACUGUGCCUGGUGCUAGUGGAACGACGCCACUGCCGGCUGAUCUGUCACUACACGACCUGGUCCCAGGGUAGGGCCAAUCCGUACUCCUACCGCAUCGAGGACAUACCGGGCGAUCUGUGCACGCACGUGGUGUACAACUUUGUCGGCGUGGACAGCGAAGAGUACGAGCUGGCGAUGUUGCAGCGCGAGAUCGAUGUGGUGCAGAAUGGGUUCGGGCGGUUUAUCGAUCUCAAGCAGCGGUUUCCGGAUUUGAAAAUGCACGUCGCGGUCGGUGGUUGGGAUCAUGGCGGUGCACCGUUCAGCAAGAUGGCUGCGUUCCGUAACCGGCGCAAGAAGUUUAUCGAGAGUGUGGUGAAGUUUAUGGGCCGGUAUGGGUUCGAUGGGAUUGAGCUGGUGUGGCUGUAUCCGGGCAGCGUGGAACGUGGCGGUACGAACAACGAUAAGGACAAUUUCGUGUAUCUGGUGGAGGAGUUGAAGACCGCGUUUCUGAAGGCUAGACAACCGUGGGAGGUGGCGAUACAGGUGCCGGCCGAUCAUACCCGGUUCGAAGUGGGCUACGAUCAGGGUUUGCUCUGCGAGAGUGCUGAUUACGUGCACAUUAUCGGAUACGAUCUGCGUGGCUCCUGGACAGGGUUUGCCGACGUACCCAGCCCGAUGAAGGAUCGCCCACACGAUCAAGGCAUUUACAAGGGGCUGAACGUGCAGGACGGUGUCAAUUCGUGGCUGGAUAGUGGUUGCGCUCCGAACAAGGUCGUGCUGGGCGUACCCUUUCUCGGCCGAACGUACGUACUGCGCAACAGUCAACAGAACGGUCUUGGAUCGCUCAUUAGCGGGCCAGGACCGAAGGGUACGCAUACGUACAGCGAAGGUUACCUGGGAUACUUUGAGAUCUGUCAAAUGAAGAAGCAACGCAACUGGCGUACGGUGUGGGAUUCGAUCGGUCUGUGCCCGUACACCUACCGUGGCAAUCAGUGGAUUGGGUACGAGGAUGAACAAUCGUUGAAGGAAAAGGUGGAGUUUGCCACGAGCAAAGGGUUGGCCGGUGUUUAUGCCUUUUCGCUCGAUCUGGACGACUAUCGGGGCAAGUGUGGUGACCCGUACCCGCUCAUGAACACGUUGGCUAGCUUGCUAAAGAAAUCGCAAGAUAGCGACAUUGGGUUUGCUUUUGAGCGAGAGUAGAGUAAGAUCGUUCGUUUAAGUUACUGUAAUGGAGUGCAUUUAUAGCGAUGUAAGAGAAUUUGUUAUAGCAACAUAACACAAUCAGAGGAUGAUAAUAAAAAUUCCUUUGUUGAGAAAACAA